AUGCUCCGUAAACGUCAGAAGCCAGAAGCUGGACCUCCUUCUUCUUCGCCUUUACAGAAACAACCAUCCCCUGAGAUGCCGUCACCAAGUAAUUGGAGCCUGCGGUCGCAAUGGAUGUUCUUUGCGGUUGCUAGUGGUGCUUGUGCUGCUUUCAAUGGAGUUUUUGCAAAGUUGACAACUACACAACUCACCACCAACCUUUCCGACAGCAUUGCGAAACUGAUCGGCCUAUCCGCUCAUGAGCAUGUAGUCGAAUAUCUCGUUCGAGGCAUAUUCUUUGUCCUCAAUUUGACAUUCAAUGGCGUUAUGUGGACGCUGUUUACUCAAGCUCUUGCCCGUGGUACGUCCACAACUCAAGUCUCCAUCAUGAAUACAUCCACGAACUUCAUGGUUACCGCUGUCCUAGGUGCCUUGAUCUUCUCAGAAGCCCUCCCUCCUCUGUGGUGGGCUGGUGCUGCGCUUCUUGUCGCAGGCAAUGUCAUCGUGGGACGGAAGGACGAGACUAAAGACACUGGUGCUGCGGCAGCUGCUGAGGGGCCAAGUUAUGUUCCUUUGCCGACUGAAGAUGAUGGAGCACAGCGGGAUGACGAUGAGGAUGUUAUUGAUUUGGGCAGAGAGUCGGAUGAGAGAACACGAUAG